AUGGAGGAUGCUCCGACGGUGGACCAGAGUCUUGGAGACCCCAUUGCAAACUCUGAAGGUGGCCAGAUUCCAACCGACGAGACAAAGAAGGUUGACAAACCAAAGGGGGCGGCGUCUAGCCCAAACAUCGACAUCCGGGAGCGAUCGCCCGAAGGAGAAAGGGUGUCAUACAAGGAAAAACUUGCCGGCAACGCAAGUUUUGGUUCGUCUAUGGGAUUAGACAAUCCCGCUCUUUAUGAAUCAGACGAUGAUGAGUUUAACGAGGAGGAGGAAGACAAUGACUGUCCUAACAUUUGUCUGACGAGGGAAGAAAAAUCUGAACUGCGCAUGCCCUGGAUUCAAUCACUUAUCAUCAAGCUUUGGGGGAAGACCGUGGGCUACAACUAUCUUCUAAGAAAGCUUAAAUCCAUGUGGAGAAUCAAUGCCCAUUUUGACUUAGUGACUCUGGAAAAUGACUAUUUUUUGGUAAGAUUCUCAUCUGUUUCAGAUUAUGCGUUUGCUAAACAAGAAGGGCCUUGGAUGAUCUUAGAUCAUUAUCUAGUUGUCAAGGAGUGGUCUCCCAACUUCGACCCAACCACAGAUAAGACAGAAAACUUGCUUGUUUGGGUCAGGUUUCCUUGCCUUCCCAUAGAAUACUUCAACUUCAGAUUUCUGGAAAAAGUUGGGAAGAAGAUUGGGCGACCAAUUAAAGCAGAUAUGAAUACCAGCACAGGUUCCAGAGGAUUACACUUGGUCUGUUUUCGGUGCGGCAUCUAUGGCCACAGAAAAGAGACAUGUCCAACAAAGAACAAAAAUCCAGAAGCUUAUGGUGAAGAGGGCCGGCAAUGUGGAACCUCCGGCAACAAACCAGCCGGAAAGGAGACCGUUUGGAAAACUACUGAUUCAUCCCAUGCCGACAACACGCCAACGGUCAUCAGACCAGAAGUUACCGAGGGGUAUGGGUCAUGGAUGUUGGCAAAAAGAAAGGAAAGGCGUUUCGUCCAAGGUAGCAGUGGCCGACAGCAAGGCAGUGAAGCUAGUGGAAACAACAGGAAAAGCAAGCAUGGCACUAACGAGGGUGGUAGUGGAAGAGAGAAUAAUCCGCAUGGACCUUUAGAGAUUAAGGAAAGAAGCCAGUCAAACAACCAACACAGUGAUAUUGAUACAGACAAGGCCUUGCCUAAAGACAAGAGUGGUAGAAAUGGCGGAAACUACAAGGGAGAAUCCAGUGGCACCAAGACCGGAAACUACAAAGGGGAAUCCAGUGGUACCAAGACGAGACCGAAGAGUAGACAAGCGGCCGCUGAAACCGAACACACAUUGGUCAUAGGAUCUAGAGGAGGAGAAACCGUGAGAUAUACCGUGCAAGAAGAUAUACCACCCAAUGAGUCUGACUGGGCAAUGGAAGAGUGGGGGGAUUGGAGGGAACACCCUAAUGAUCCACCUCAUUACGGUGCUCUUGAGGAAGAGUAUUUCGUGGAAUAUGGAUGA